AUGUCAAAGCUUCUGCAUAUUUGGAAUUGUCUUUUAGACAAGACCAUAAUUCGUCUUCGUGAUGAAUCGAUAACUCUCCAAGGUGUCCGCAAGAUCGUGUCCAACGACGAGUCUUUCCUGUUGGGUCUGGCGUGUGCUGAAAUGUCCGAAAAUCUCAGGCUGCUAGUAAAAUCUAUUUCCAGGAUAAGCAGAAGGUGCAAUGAUCCGAAUCUUCAGUGUUUCGAUCGGUGGUUCAAUGAGUUCGACAACUCGGGUAACGAUAGCCAUGGCUGGGUUUUCAGUUCCAAAGAUAUGGAAGCUAAAAUGAAGAAGAUGGACAAGUACGUGACCAUUACGGUAACUUUUUACAAAGAAAUGGACAAGUUAUCCACAAUUGAGAACGGUUUGAGAAAGUCAUUUCAAUGUAAAGAUCAAAAUAUUUUCUGGCAAAGGCAAGAGGUAAAGUAUUUAAAAGAGACAUCUUUAUGGAACAAAAGCUUUGACACUGUUGUUUCCAUGCUCGUUAGAUCGAUCUUCACACUUCUGGGAAAGAUGAAGCUUGUUUUUGGAUUUGGCUCUCUCCCAUCUUUUCCUCGAAGCCUCUCGGCUUCUGCAACGGUCCAUCCAUUAAUGAGUUGUUCAAACCAAGAAGAAAAGAAAGAUAAGGCCGUUAAGCUUUUCAAGUCUAACACCAAUCUUCUUAAGCCUCCGGCAAGUACAUUAGGUGCCGCAGCUUUGCAACUACACUACGCGAAUUUGAUAAUCAUAAUGGAGAAGAUGAUCAAGUCACCGCAAUCCGUUGGCGUCGAUGCUCGAGAUGAUCUUUAUUCCAUGCUUCCGAGCAGUCUCAGAUCGUCUCUAAGGGGAAGGCUAAAAGGAGUGGAGUUCUCGGCGAGUGAUCCGGUGCUCGCCGGAGAAUGGAGAACGGCUUUGAGAAGCAUAUUGAGUUGGCUGUCGCCAUUAGCACACAACAUGAUCAAAUGGCAAAAUGAAAGGAGCUUUGAGCACAAGAAUUUGUUGUCCAAAACGAAUGUUCUUCUUCUGCAAACUCUCUUCUUUGCGAACAAAGAAAAGACUGAAGCAGCCAUCACUGAGCUGCUGAUGGGUUUGAAUUACAUUUGGAGAUUCGAAAGGGAAAUGACGGCAAAGGUCUUAUUCGAGUGCAGCAACUUUAAUUAG